AUGGCAUCUCCUCGAACGUUGACACGCCCUGGCUCUGCUGGGAGUAGCAGCACCACCUCGCGAUCCAGCUUCGAAUCCAGACAUAAGAGCCCGUUGAGUGUCAGCUCUUCGGCUGAUUAUAACUCGAGUCGGACUAGUCAGGAUUCUUCCUUUUCGAAUGAUGCGCCUGUGCACUCGUCAACUAAUAAGUGGACGAGUGCCAGACGUAGUUAUACGGAGCCUAUUGUAAAAGUAUCUUCCCAUUCACAGCACAGCGAUGGUGGAAAGGGCCGACGAAAGACGCUGAUGACCCCGCAACGACUGUCUAAAAGGCCACAAAGUCCUACAGGCCCAUCAAUUGGAACGAAAUAUACACCAAAGGCGCCUGGAGAGGGGUUCGGAAAUCUACCAGAGGAGAUUCUGCUAGUUGUGCUUGCCGAAUUAAAGAAAGUGCAUCUAGAUGCCGGGAGUCUAAGUUGCUCGACUUGUUGGAUGCGAGAUUUGGCUUCUUUGAGUUUGAGUUGCAAAAAGUGGUGGGGUGCUGCUAGGACUACCCUUUACGAGGAUGUACAGCUCAUUGGCAAUGAUUCGAUUUUGCACACGAAGAAGAAGCUCAAAAUGAAGUAUGGUACGAGACUGAAACUUCUACGAAGAACGCUACGAGCGAGGCCCGAUCUCGCCGAAUACGUAAAGAUAUUGAAAGUUCCUGCUAUGCCUGAUGCGGCAAAGAACAAAAAGGAUCAAGAUGAAUACCUGGAUCAGGUUGCUUCGGUCAUAAUGGCGUGCCCGAAUUUAGAACGACUUCCUGGCUUCCAUCCUGCCUAUACUCAUGAAUUCCCGAGAUUUGUGCAUGCACUUUCUACAAGGAAGAAGUUGCAGGAGCGGGUAUGGAUCAUUUCUGAAAGCCCAUUUCAACGGCAGCACCGAUACAAAGCUUCGGACGAUUCAGAUUAUCUCACUCCUGUUAUUGCACCAAAUUCUCUUCUGCCCGAGCAGAGUAUAGACUUUCUGAUGUUUCAUUCGAACUGGUCUCAUCUCAAGACCCUCGUGCUACACUGCAACCAGGGUGGCAUAGUCGACUCUCCUCUUCUCAUCGACACUUUGAAGCAACUACCUGCGUUGGAGAAUUUGCAUGUUUCUUCUUUCUCGGAGUCAUCUUUCAAUGAUACCACUUUGUUAUCGCUACCACCUCUCAGAUCCCUCCGACUUGACAACCUCGCAGGCGUAACCGACAAUGGCUUGUCAUCCUUCGCAUCAGCCGGAAAGUCCAAUGGUCUGAAAACGUUUUCGCUCAACUCACUACCACUUCUGUCUUUGCCAGUUCUCGCGCGACUUUUCUCCCACUUGAAGUCUCUUACACACUUUACGGUUUCCCAGGUACCGUCGCCCUCUUUGCCGACAGGCGUUGAUAUUUUUCUCCACCCCUAUCUGGCAUCGUCGACUCUUCAAUAUCUCCACUGGGAGUUCACCAACCCGGGGGAUACUACAGCCAACGAGAUUCUCUCCAAAGCCAUAUCAUUUUCUGGCUUCCCAGCCCUGAGGACUCUCCGCGCACCAACCGACUCUGACGGCUCUCUACAGAAGCUCUGCAAACCACGAGACCGCAUCGAGCUGUCUGGAGAUCGGUACCGAAAUGGAGGCUGCGAAAGCAUGCCAUCCAUGCCAUUUGCUGCGCCAACACGGCCAUUCUCUGCUGGAAAUGGCCAAUCUGGGCCCCGGGAUCCAACCUCCCAGCCGUCGCUUACGCGCUCAGCCUUCUCGAUGAGGUUGGAGAAUAAAUCACAGUGUUCUGCAGAAAGUAACGUACAAGUUACGGGGAUGAGCCUUUCUAUUGCUCGCAUGACAGCUCAGCGCCGCAUUGACACUGCUGUCUCCGCACCACAAUAUCAUAUCAUAAUUUGGGACCCAGAAGGACAAUUCUUAGAGCGUUUCGCAGUGGGUGGAUUUAUCGGAGACCUAGGCAGUAAGAUCAAUUACAGCUUGAGACCGGACGUAGAUGGUAUGGAUGAAGCUAUUUGCAGGAUCGAAGGUGCGGGAGGAUUGCUUCAGGGAGGUGAUGAAACGAACUUGAAGGAUAAUUGUACGGGGAGUUGGAACAUGGAAGCUGGGGAGAGGAGUAAAGGCAAAGGGAAGGAUAGAUGGUGGCAUACUGAGAGGGGCAGGUGGAGGGAGAUGCCGUUGGAGAAACUGUUUUAG